CAGUUCCAUUCGUCAUCAAACAAGAAUGCGGUAACAAAAGAAAACAGUCAAAACAACACCGAGUUGGCAUUAUCGAGGGCGGUUAAAGUUGGCAUUUGCUGAGAUAAACACAGUAGCUUCUCCUCCCACGUUUGAGUAACAAGUCAUGGCUUUGAAGAGGAUACAGAAAGAGUUAAACGACUUGCGGAAAGAUCCUCCAUCAUCGUGUUCAGCUGGACCUGUAGGAGAAGACAUGUUCCACUGGCAGGCUACGAUUUUAGGGCCGACUGACAGUCCAUACAAUGGAGGAGUGUUCUUUCUAUCUGUCCAUUUUCCAACUGACUAUCCCUUUAAACCACCAAAGGUUGCCUUUACAACAAAAAUCUAUCACCCAAACAUUAACAGCAAUGGUAGCAUCUGCCUCGACAUUUUGAGAUCACAGUGGUCGCCUGCAUUAACAGUUUCAAAAGUUUUAUUAUCCAUAUGCUCUCUGCUCUGUGACCCGAAUCCAGACGAUCCACUCGUCCCAGACAUCGCUCACAUCUAUAAAUCUGACCGACAGAAGUAUAACGAAGAAGCCAAAAAGUGGACACAGAGGUUUGCCAUGUGAAGUAUAUUCCCAGUAAUGAUGAUUCCUCCUUCUUUUGCACAUCAAGACAGUACUGUUCCAACUUAUCCACACUGGUUUUAACUCACCAUGUUCUACAUUUAUUUCAAUUGAAGCACCACACUCUGCUCAGACAUUUUCUUUAUCAACAUUUAAGUUUUUCUUAUUUUCUAAAAUGGCCCUUGAUUAAAAUUUGCUUUAUGGAUAAAAUCACAUGAUGAUUGAUAUUGUGUUCCGAUUGACAAAGAGAGGUUGUUAAACUAUUGCAUUCAGGCAAAAUAAAUCAUUUUUGAUUUAAAGAGCAGUGAUAAUACAUAUGACCACUAGGUGGAGGCCUUAUCUUUUUAUGGCCAAGCCUUUUAUAUAACAGAUUUUCUCUUCCUGGUACACCUUCAUCAUGUAUUUAUUUUAGAAAAAAAAUCUAUUACCUUUUGCUAAAUAUAAAUAAAUCCAGUGGGGUUUUUUUUUCUUUCCUGAUUUUUUUACCAUAAUGCUUUUGGUAUGUUUUGAUCUGCAUUUUUUGAGAAUUGUCAAGCAAAAAUGCUUAUUAAAAAAUCUAUCUAAAUAUACAGCACUCUAUGCCUUAUUGCAUUAUAAGAGUCAAUUUAAAAAAAAGCUUAAAGUAUGCAUAAGCAUUGUGUCCUAAUGACAAAUACAACAAGGUUGAACAACAGCUAUAGGCAGAAAAUAUUUGUUUUUGACCAGGGUUGAUGGGGGGGGGAGGUUUUAUUCAAUUACAAACUCAAACGUUGACUUUUAUCUUUGCCUUGAUAAAGGGAGUAAAUAAUAAGAAGCAUGUGGCAAAGGUAUAAAUUAGCUAUAACAUAAUGACUGACAAAUCAUUUCUGAUUGGGCGAAACUGAGAUUAAAAAAGUCUUCUAUGUAUGACUUCACUACGACUAAAUUGCAAUGGUUUCUGUAAUUUUUUUGGAAUAAAAAGAUGUUAUGUUGUCAAGUCC